AUGAGAAACGUAACAGGGAACAACACCGGGAACGAAGACACACGGGAACAAAAACACAGGGAAGAGAACGGACACACAGGGAACAACAAAACAGUGAAGAGAACGGACACACAGGGAACAACAAGACAGAACGAAAGGACACAGGACAAAACACAGGAACGAACCGGACACACAGGGAACAAGAAACACAGGAACAGACCGACACACAGGGAACAAGAAACACAGGGAACGAAGGCAACGGGACGCACAGGGAACAAGGGAACACACAGGGAACGAGAACGGACACACAGGAACAAGAAACACAGGGAACGAGACCGGACACACAGGGAACAAGAAAACAGGAACGAGACGGACACACAGGGAAAGAGAACGACACACAGGAACAAGAAAAACAGGGAAAGAGACCGGACAAACAGGGAACAAGAAACAAGGAACGAGAACGGACACACAGGGAAAAGAAACACAGGGAACGAGACCGGACACAGGGAACAAGAAACACAGGGAACGAAACGGACACACAGGGAACAAGAAACACAGGGAACGAGACGGACACAAGGGAACAAAAACACAGGGAACGAGAACGGACACACAGGGAACAAGAAACACAGGGAACGAGACGGACACACAGGGAACAAGAAAAACAGGGAACGAGAACGGACAACAGGGAACAAGGGAAAAACAGGGAAGAGACCGGGCACACAGGAACAAGAACACAUUAACGAAAAGACACAAAGGGAACAAGAAACACAGGAAACGAGACCGGACACACAGGGGAAAAAGAAAAAACAGGGAACGAAACGGACACACAGGGAACAACAAACAAUUUAA